UAACAAUUGUUAUCUGGUCAAGUGUUUAGUUUACAUGUAUGUAAUCUUAAUAUUUAAUAAGAUAUACAAUGGCAGACUGGGGAAAUUCUAGAGGUGAUGGUGCAGGAUCUGGUGAUGGUUGCCGGAAGUGUGGUCAGGAUGGUCACAUGGCAAGAGAUUGUUCUGUUCCAGAUCUAUGCAGACAAUGCGGACAGGAGGGACAUUUUCAGUCUGACUGUACAGAAGAGGAGACUACCAGAGCAUACACCACACAGGAAGGAGAGGUUCGUGAGAUCUAUGUACCUACCAAGGUAACUGAUGAAGAACUCUUCAAUGAGGAGUCGACCAUUUCCUCUGGGAUCAACUUCGCAAAGUACAACUCCAUGAAGAUUGACGUCACAGGAGAGAAUAUUCCUCCUGAAAUAUCUAGCUUCGACUGUGGUCUCAGACCCCUUGUUCUUGAUAAUGUGAAGAGGAACAAGUAUAAAAGCCCUACUCCGGUCCAGAAGGCUGCCAUGCCCAUAAUUCUGGCAAAGCGUGACCUCAUGGCAUGCGCGCAGACGGGAUCUGGGAAGACCGCGGCAUUCCUUCUCCCAAUCAUCAGCAACCUGAUGGAGGAGAAUGCAUCAUCCAACCCUGGAGCCUUUGAAGUCGCUCCUCAAUGCGUUGUGAUGACUCCUACAAGGGAGCUCGCCAUACAGAUAUGUGAUCAAGCACGAAAGUUCUCGAUGGGUUCCUCUGUUGUAUGUAAAGUUGCAUACGGAGGAACCAGUAUUGGGAACAAUCUACGGGAGCUGCAGAGAGGGUGUAAUAUCCUAGUUGCUACUCCGGGCAGACUACUGGACUUAGUCAACAGAAGUAACGUAGUAUUCUCUAACAUCCAGUUCUAUGUGCUGGACGAAGCUGAUCGUAUGUUAGACAUGGGUUUCGGUCCAGACAUUAACAAGUGCAUGAUCCACCCGACCAUGCCGACCAAAGAAAACAGGAACACCUUGAUGUUCUCAGCUACCUUCCCCGAGGAUGUGCGAACAAACGCUAGAAAGUAUUUACGCGAGGAUAAGAUAUUCCUGUCAGUUGGCAUUGUUGGAGCUGCAUGUGCGGAUGUACGUCAGAUUUUUUAUCAGGUUGAAAAGAAAGAUAAGAGGCGUAGACUUCUGGAGCUGUUGAAUGACCCGGAGAGGAAUCCAUCUGAGAGGAUGCUGAUCUUCGUCAACCAGAAGAAGCAGGCCGACUUUUUGAUGAGUGUUAUCACUUUGGUGGGAAAGAUUCCAGCAACCAGCAUUCACGGCGAUCGGCUGCAGCGUGAACGAGAGCAGGCUUUGCGAGACUUCAAGCGAGGAGAUCGUCCUAUCCUAGUUGCUACAGCUGUAGCUUCUCGUGGUCUUGAUAUUCCCAACGUUGGACAUGUUGUUAACUAUGAUAUGCCAACGGAUGUCGAUGAGUAUGUGCACAGGGUUGGGCGCACCGGGCGUGUUGGCAACAUCGGAUUUGCUACUAGUUUCUUCGACCCGCAACAAGACUCCGGCAUAAUGGUUCCUCUAUGUUCUAUUCUCAAACAGUCUGGUGUAGAACUUCCGCCUUUUCUUACUCGGGGCGGAUACGGAGACUAUGGGGCAGCUGGAGCCGAUGAGGAGUGGUGAUCACUCAAUGAUCUAAAGGAAGACGUCGAGUUUUUUGUUUAAACGCCUUCCUUUCCUCUCGUAAUCAAGUAUUGUCAUGUAACUUAUUUUAAUCAGUUAUUUAGUUAACUGCUAAGUUGCAUUUGAAACUAGUAUGUUAUGUUCCAGAUCUGACGCGUUAUACUUGCGUUCAAAAUUGCGAUGUUUUUGGAGUGUUCAGGAACUAGUCAACUAAGUCUACAGAGCUGAAAACUUUAAAA